AUGGUCUCCUGCAAGUUGAUCGUCGGUGCCGUGCUCGCAUCCUCGUCUGUGGCCACGACCGCCUCAUCCGGCUCCUCCCUCGUCUGGCGCUGGCGAAACUACGCCAAUGCGAGCCCCGUCUCCCCGGUCGACCAGCCUGUCACGAUCCAUGUGCCGCCUGACACCGACAUCUGGCGACCCGCUCCCGACCGCAACAACUUCACCGCGCCUUUCCUUUACACCACCGUGCCCGCCGCCUCUUUUCUAAGCGCCCGCGUCACCGUCGCCGCGCCGUGGCGCACGCUCUACGACCAGGGCGGCCUCGUCCUCGCCUUUCCAUCCCGCGAAGCAUUCGCGGCGCGCUCCAUCAAGGCCGGUAUCGAGUUCACUGACGGCGCGCCUGCGCUCGGCGUCGUCGGCACCGACACCCUGUCGGAUUGGAGCUUGAGCCCGCUCUUGGAGCGGCAGACAGGAGGAAACCAGACGGCCACGGUCACGAUUGAGCGCCAGGGCACCGAUGCGUGGGUGUACGUGCUGGAAGACGGGGGUAGGACGAGGCGCCAGCUGCGGCAGGUAACUUGGGCGUUCAGCAGAUAUGACGGCCGGGCCGGGCAGAUGGUGCAUGUGGGCAUCUACGGCGCAAAGCCGACGCGGGAGAGUCCCCCGUCGGACCCCUUGACCAAGCUUCCGGUCAGCCUUUUCGACUUUGAGCUGGUCCUUAAGAAGUAG